AUGGUCAACAAGAAGAAGCGUAAUCGUGUACAAACUACUAAUGCUAUAGAUGAGAAAGAAGUUACAGGACCCUUGCAAUCCGAACAAAAGCCCAAGAAGAAGAAGUUUAAGUUUUUGAAAACGCUCACCAAUGACGCAACACCCAAGCCAAUUCCUGCAAACGAUGCACAAGUUCAGGAAAAGUAUGCACAGAAGACAGAGACACUAAUAGCUGAUGAGUCAGCUUUGCAUGAGACGAAGAAGAAGAAGAAGAAGAAAAGUCCAGGAGCUUCCAUUGCUCCAGCUAAUGUCAUUGUUGCAAUAGAUAAGAAGAAGACAGAAGGAAGUGAGAUUGAUGAUCUCUUUGCAUCGUUAAAGACAACGAAGCAGAAGAAGAACAUUGAAGAGGAGCAGCAGAAACUUGCAGAAGAAGAGGAGGAACGUCGUGAAAAGAAAGAAAACGAGCAGCUACAGCAGCAGAUUAAGAAACUGGAGGCUAAAAACACUAACUCGUCUGCAGCCGGUCUCAACCCAGACCCGCGACCCGUUCGGUAUGAUGAAGAUGGACUGCCCAUUUAUACGGAAGCUUCACUGCAAAUAAACCGAGGUGGUAAUACCAAGGACUGUCCAUUUGACUGCUGGUGCUGCUUCUAA